GUCCGGCGUCUCCUCAAAGAUAUCUUCAGCAUAUCUCAAGAUGCAGAUUUUAUCGUGCAUCAGCCAGCCAUCCAUGAAGAUGUGUACUCAUACGAGUACAAAGAUGGACCAGGCCCUGACACCCAGAACCUCGCCUUCGAUCUCACACAUGGAUCUAACACCCCUUGGAAUGCGAGAAUCCUCAAUAUGCUCGUUGAAGAAUUGCAAAGGAGGAAUGUGGAAGAGCAGUGGCCGUUCCAAAGGUCGGAUGGGUAUUAUAAAGCGAUUCUUGAGGAUCGCUACAAGCGGCUGUGGACGGCCUGGAGAGCAGCGCAACCAAAGACACUGGGAGAUGGUGGCAUGAGUUCAGAAGAAAGCGACGUGGAAAACGACGUACAAUGUGUACUCCGAGUGAAGAACAUGGCAUGGCGUCGCAGGAUAGAGCGAGAACUGAAUGUCAUCGACCAUCAGAGAGUGUUGGACGAUGAUGUUUUC